CUCGGCGGCAUUUCAUUUGGCUUUCUUGGACGUCGGAAGGACGAUGUUUGGAUUCAACGUGAACAAGCUCAAGCCCAGCCUCAAGAUGGCGGUGCACCGCAUCGGAAUCGUGAAGAACAAGAAAGCCAUCACGUCAAAGGCGCAGCGGAAGGAAGUGGCCAAGUUACUGGCCGACGGCAAGGAGGAGAAGGCCCGCAUUCGUGUGGAAGGGUUGAUUCGGGAGGACUUUGUCAUUGAAGCAUACGAGAUUAUCGAGUUGCUGUGCGAGUUGAUCUCCGAGCGCACGCCGCUCAUCAAGUCGGAGCGCGAGUGCCCGUACGACAUGCGGGAAGCCGUGUGCACGCUGAUAUGGGCGGCCACGCGCACCGAGAUCCCAGAGCUGUCGGAGGUCAAGAACCAGUUGACGAAGAAGUAUGGCCAGGACUUCACCGCCGCUGCCAUGCGCAACGUCGACGGGUGUGUCAACGAGCGCGUGAUCCACAAGCUUAGCGUCCAGCCGCCCAAUGCAUACCUCGUGAUCAACUACUUGAAGGAGAUCGCAAAGCAGCACAACGUGGCGUGGGUGCCGGACGAGAGCCAGAUCGUUGACCCCCUCGCGCCCAUGGCGGCCCCCACCGGCACCUCCAUCGGCCAGGCUGGCGUGUCCGGUCCCGAUUUCGCCGCCAUUUACGCCGAGGCGCCGCCGCCAGGGCGCGUGCCAACCGCGUUUCCGACGGUGCCUCAUUCGUCUCCCGCGUACAUCCAGCCUCCCUCCGCGCCGCCCAAGACGGUGGACGCGUAUGCCCCGCCUCCUGCUGCCGCCGCCGCGCCACCCGUCAACGACUCGGCACCCGCCACCAACGACGUGCCCGAUUUUGACGAACUCGCGUCACGAUUUGAAAAAUUGCGGCGGAAAAAUUAGAACUUGCGGUCAAUAUAACAGAAUUCUCGCUCAUAAUAGUUGAUCAAUAAGGACUCUCGUCGUGCGAUCGUUGAAA